AAGAGUGGUGAUAUUUGACACUGCCAUUUAGAAAUCUUCUCUCUAUGAUCUCAGCUUCUCUUUCUCACAACCAUAUAAAUAAACAAACCAAUCAAAACUUAUCAAAACACAAACUUAACAAGAAGUCAAAAUCGGAAAGAACAAUACUUCUUGAAACUGAUAUACAAGGAGGAAGACGAAAGAGAGAAAAGCGACAAGAAGAGAAACAAAUCAAAUCAUAAAAAUUAGGUUUUAAAAUCAAAUUAACACAUACCCUAUGUGAGGAAUCGUAGGAUUAUGAUGAAACUGUAACGAAGUGUAGAAUUGAACCGACGAGAGAAGACGGUGAAGAGCGAAAACAAGGCUGAAGAAACAGAGAAUAUAGAAGAAGAAACAGAGAAGAAAACACAGAGAAUAGAGAACAAAGAACAGAGAUGAACACUUAACCAUGUAAGGAAGAAGAAGAAGAACGCGAAGAGGAGGAAGAGGAUCUGUAGAGAAGAAAUAGAAAGUAACAAAAAGAAUUUAGGUUUAGCCGAUGUAUUCACCUUUUUCGGUUUUAGUUUUUUUUUAAACUUAACGAAAUUGUAUUAAAAACAAAUAGGAAUAUUUUAUAUUUUAAAUUAAUUUAAUUUUCGAAAAUCUAAGGGCAUAAUGGUAUUAACAGUAAUUAAAAUUGUAAUAGGACAAAAAAUCUAGAUAAAAUCUUAGAGGGACAAAUCCAAUUUCUAAGUGUCCCAUUUUUCUAAUUUUCUCAAAAAAAAAAAGACGAAUACAACUUCUCUCAAAACAAGUUUUUAUUAUUUUUUGUUUUUAUUUGGGAAGAGUAAAGAAUACGCUUGGGUUGGAGAUGUAACUGUACAAAGGAAACUAAUAUAUAAAUAUCAACCAAACUCUUGAGAAAUAUUUCAGUUUUCAUCUUCUUUCUCUCCCUCGCAGUUUUUCCUCUCUUAAGGUAUGAUGAAACUCGUCUACACGAAACCUAUUCGUCUCUCGCUUUGGUCCUUCUACUACUUCCGGGAAGAUUAUUUUAUUAAAAAUCUUACAAAACCCUAAUCCGAUUCGUCAGUAUAUUAAUUAGUCUGUUUAACUUCUAGGUCGAUAGAUGAUGUUUUAUUUGACUUACUUCGUUACUAAUUUUGACAUAAACCCUAUUUCAUUGACUCUCCUCUGUGUUCGUUUUUCUCUAUAGGUGCUAAAACGUUUCCAUCGAACAACAUGGAAUGUAACAAGGAUGAAGCUAAAAGGGCAAUGGAUAUUGCUGAGAAGAAACUCUCCGAGAAAGAUUACGUUGGCGCCAAGAAAUUUCUCACCAAGGCUCAAAACCUAUACCCUCACCUUGAUGGUUUGAAUCAAGUGUCUACGAUGAUCCAUGUUUACGUCUCAGCAGCAAACAAUAUCAACGGAGGAAAAGACUCUGACCUGUAUGGUGUUCUUGGUGUUGAUCCUCUCGCUGAUGAUGAAGCUCUGAAGAAACAGUACAAGAAGCUGGCUCUGUUGCUUCAUCCUGAUAAGAACAAGUGUAAAGGCGCAGAAGGUGCGUUUAAGCUGGUUUUGAAUGCUUGGGCGCUGUUGUCUGACAAGGCUAAGAGAAGUGCUUAUGAUCGGAGGAGGAAGUUAAGUACCGGAAUGCAAAAACCACCUGCACCAAGCCAACACAACAACAAGCCUCCAGGUUCUUCUAACGUUUAUCAAAAUGUGUAUACAAGUGCUAACACUAGAAGUAACCAGCCUGGAAGUGGACCGCAGAGACCACCACCGUAUGUACCCAAGACAGCUUCUUCUAGUGCCAAUCAAAGUGCUGGAUACGGUGUUGAUCCAAAUGCUAGAGCUAAAAGUAACGAUCCUGCAAGUGGACCGCAGAGACCAACGUAUGCACCCAAGCCAACUUCUUCUAGUGGUAAUCCAAAUGCUAGUAGAAACGGUGUGCCUCCAAAUGGUAACACUAGAAGUAAUCAUCCUGCAAGUGGGCCGCAGAAUCCGCACAAACCAGCUUCUUCUAACGUGAAUCAAAAUGCUAGAUAUGGUAUGGAUCCAAAUGCUAAGGCUACAAGUAAUAAGGCUGCUCCUGCUCCUACUCCUACUCCUACUUAUGCUCCUGGUCCUGCUCCUGCACGUACUUAUGCUCCUGGUCCUUCUCCUGCUCCUACUCCUGCUCCUGGUCCUGGUCCUGGGCCUGCUCCUACGCCUGCGAAUUCAUCAAAACAGAUGUUUUGGACAAUGUGCAAUGGGUGCAAGAGACAAAGCGAGUGUCAGAGGGAUCUUUAUCAAAACAAGACCAUGCGUUGUCAAAACUGUGGACAGAGUUACAUUGCAACCGAGCAGAAUCCAUGGGACCAUUAUGUGAGGCAAUUGAACAAGGCAUUAUAUAUGAUUGGACUACGACAAUGGAGUAGUAGUAGUAGUGCUCAUCAAAAUCAAGCAGCGAACAAAAACACAAACGGAGCUUCUGGUGCAACCAAGAAAAAUCAUCCAUGGGAAAGUCAUGUGAGUCAAAUCAACCGCACACUGUCUCUUGUUGUGCUGCGACAAGCACAUUGGAAUGCACAGAAUCAAGCAGCAAACACCAACAACGGAGGUGGUCCAGUUCCAGACUCCAAGUUUACUUUGCAGCAAGUAUUCUCCACAUUUUCUUCAAUUCUACAACUACAACAACAAUGGAGUGCAGCAGAAAAGAACAAUGGGAGGAAAGGUGCACAUGCAAGUUUUGUGUCUCCGGGCGUCAACCUCUCAUCAUCUCCACAACAGCAACAACAACAAUGUGGUGGUGGUACUUAUUAUCCUUCAUCUUCUGGUAGUGUCCACCACAAGUGUUCAGUGUCAGUACCUUCUAGUAGCGGAAACGCCGCAAGUCAAGCACAAGAAAGAUCUAAAAGAGGACUUGAGGAGGAUUCACAAGAAACGAUUGCUGCUGCUAUUGAGAGUGUUUCUAAGAAGCUGAGGAAAGAUCAUAUGGUUUAACAAGUAAAGAGUUAUUUUACCAAGUUCCUACUUUUAUCCUUUAAAGGAUUAUUUAUGAUAAUGUUAUAAAUCUUUUUUCAUCUGUAUUCUAAAAUAUUUUAGAUAAAUUAUUUAC